AUUGUCAGAACCUGAACCAAGUCUAAGCAAGAUUGCAUCGGUCAUAUGAUAAGAUAAACUAGUUUUCAUUAAGCUUGAUUAAAGUCCUCAAGUUAAUUAAUUAACCUCCUGCACUUUGUUUUGUGACGACGUCAAAAUGGGCAACAGAUCAUCAUUGCUUUUACGCGAAGAGGAAAUUUCGCAGCUGCAACAAGACACUGGAUUUACUUCCAAUCAAAUUGAACGAUUGUAUUCACGUUUCACCUCCUUGGAUAGAGGAGAUUAUGGUUCAUUGAGUCGUGAGGAUUUCUUGAGAAUCCCUGAAAUUGCCAUCAACCCACUUGGAGAAAGAAUUGUGAACAGUUUCUUCGAAGGUGACACUGGUGAUAGAGUGAAUUUCAGGCAAUUCUUGAGUGUCCUAGCUCACUUUAGGCCUGUGAAGAAGAAUAAGGAGAACAAGAAUAACUCAAGGGAACAGAAAUUGCAAUUUGCUUUCAAAAUGUAUGAUCUGGACAAUGAUAAUAUGAUCACAAGGGAAGAGCUCUUGGCUAUUCUUCACAUGAUGGUUGGUGCAAACAUCGGCGAGGAGCAGCUGAGCAGUAUUGCGGAGCGUACAAUUUUGGAGGCGGAUGAGGACGGUGACCAGAAAAUUUCGUUUGAGGAAUUCUGCAAGGCUUUGCAGAGAACCGACGUGGAACAGAAGAUGAGCAUCAGAUUCCUAAGUUAAAUUGAACUAAGUUUUCUCUCUUUUUUUAAGUAUUUCAUUCAACGUAUUUAUUUGUAAGCAGAUAUUUAUUGUAUAGAUUUGUAUAG